AUGAGUAGGGGUAGGGGUAGGGGUUCUGGAGACAAGGAUGAUGAGAAGAAAAAGGCCGAUGAGAAGAAAAAGGCUGAUGAGAAGAAAAAGGCUGAUGAGAAGAAAAAGGCUGAUGAGAAGAAAAAGGCUGAUGAGAAGAAAAAGGCUGAUGAGAAGAAAAAGGCUGAUGAGCAACACCGCAAGGAAGCGGAGCAAGGGCAAAGACCGAUUCCUCAGGGGAAUUUUGCGGUGACAUCCUCUGGGAAGUUUGGAGCACCAAAAGCACCACCCAGCUAUAUGACAUCCUCUGGGAGGUUUGGACCACCAAAGGCAGAACCCAGAUAUGAGGGUGAGCGAAAGAAUAUCUCGGUUGAUUCAGCGUUCAAGACGGCCAGCUCAGUGUACAAGUCUAAGACUGAGCCUCCUGAUUAUGCCCAUGGACCCAACAAAGCCGCCGUGGACCCAUUCUACAACCUGAGCCAGGGCUCUAUUGAAACAGGAGCAAAGCUGAAACCGGGUAGACCACGACGUAGAGUUGCUACUGGCAAUGCACAGCCCCAAGGUCCACAGCUGGGCCCUGCUUACCCUACAGCUCCGUCGAUACCACAAACACGGGACACGUCGCAUACUCAUAGCUUCCAGCAGCCCCCGCAGCAACAAUUACCACCCAUAUCGUCGAUUCCUCAUGCCUCUCAAGCUCCGACAAAAGCACGAACAUGGGAAAUACCACCUGCUCAAGCAGAUGGGUCACGGCGGCCUCCAGUGCCACUAGCAGUAAUGCCACAGAUUUCCCAUCCCACUACAACUCCGGCGAGAUCACAAACAUGGGACACGUCGUAUACUCAAGCAAGUAGCUUCCAGCAGCCUCCAGUACCACGAUCGGGAAUGGAGUCGAUUCUUAAUCCCCUUACACCUCCUCCGGGAGCUCAAACAUGGGCAAGGCCGGCUACUGAAGCAAGUAGCUCCCGGCGGCCUUCACGGCAACAGCCGCGUGCGCCUGUGCCACAGUACCCCCCACCUGGACAAUUCGCACAGGAAACUCAACCUCCACGUGCCUUCCAGCAACCCCCACCUAGACAAGAGCUAGGUUACGCUGAAGAGUAUGAUCCACAUCGCCGUCAAGGACAUGUCCCCCAUCAAGCUGCUGGCUAUGGUUCACUGCAAGGCUCAUAUUCCUAUGACACACAGCAACCUGGAUAUGACGCACGCGAAGCAUAUCCAGAACCUCCUCGUCGACGACAGACAGACCCAAGUUCGGACCCGUACGCGGCUAACCCGUACACGGCUAUUACUCAGCCUCUUGAGACUCUAUACAUAACCCCACGUCCGAUUCGAGAACCGACUUAUCAGGCAACCCCGAUGGGCGCUACAACCGCCAACCCAUCCGGAAGGCCAAGACAUAGUCCACCAUCGGAGGAUGAUGAUACACGACCGACAAGGCGACGGAACACUGGAGAUAACAUUGAAUCCACACCUAAAUCAGAUAAAAUGGGCUUCGGUUACAUCAUGGGUCCGAACAAGAAGUAG